AGUAGAAGCUCGGUCUCCUGGAUACAGAGGGAAGCGUCGUUGUUUGGAUUCCGUCAUGUGCGUAGAAAUGCCACGAGUGCAGCGCCUUCACCAGAAACAUGUCAUGCAGGCGGCGUGCGCGCUGGAGGCCGUCGUCCUCCGCAUCUUUGGUCCCGAAGGAGGACAGGUGCUGUUCACCCGAGACAACGGACAUGUGAUGUUGAGCCGCAGUGGGACGCGCAUUCUCACGGCGCUACGACUUGACCAUCCACUCGCCAGGAUGAUGGUUGAGUGCGUCUGGAAGCACAGUGGGAAAACAGGGGAUGGAUCCAAGUCAUUUAUCCUUCUCUUGGCAUCAUUGCUACGCACCAUUUACACCGUAGCAUCUAAGGAGCUCAACGGAUCUCGUGUCUAUAACUCAAGGGAAGUAGCCGAGUCUGCCACUGCCAGGCGCUUGGCUGACCAAACGUUGGCUUUUGCAUUGGAGGAGCUGGAGGAUCUUAUCGCUGUCGCAGUGGCUCCUUAUGGAUUCUGUCUGUCAGUGAAGACUUUAACUGCAAGUACACAAUCUGCAUCUCACUCGGAUGGGAUUUAUGUUGAAAAGUUGAUAGCAUCUUUCUUUCAUACUCGUUUGGGUUUUGCCCACUGUGACUUCAUGGGCGAGCUCAUUUUCAAACUGCUCGCCAACUGGAGCUGUAAAACUGACAAAUCUUCGAGAUCAGACAACACCAGGAGUUUUCAGGGUAAUUUGUAUGUGAACUCAAAUGGCUGUAAGGCAGAUUUAUCUUCCUCAUCACUCCAGUUUCUAAAUGACAAUUUCCCUGCUCUGCAUACGCUGGUGUCUGGCUUUCCUGUCAGCUGUUCACGUUUGCUAGAGGGACAAGUCAUUCACAGGGACUUUGCAACACACUACCAUGGCAGUCACCAGCAUCCAGUCAAGGCAGUGUUUUUUACCAUUUCACUGCAACCCAAAUGGCUAAACGCAAGCAACACACUGGAGAUUGGGAAUGGAAUACACAGCAAAAGCAUCAUGCACUUUAGUGCCUGGGCGGAAAGCUCACUGGAACAUAUUUUUGCCACCCUUCAAUCUCUUGGAGUCUCUGUCCUGCUGUCUGCGGUCAAACAGUCUGACGCCGUCCUGACUUUAGCAACACAGGCGGAGAUGUGUGUCGUGGAGUGCAUUGGCGAAGAUGAACUUGCGCUCUUCCUCCACCUGAGCGGAGCCUCAGCUGUCUCAGACUGUGGGGGGAUUCAACCAGAACACAUUGCUUCUUUGACAUUUUGUCGACCAAUACUUCUGGGAACCCAUAGAUACGUUCACAUGGCGUUUCCAGAUUCCAGGGAACAGCAGCCCUGUAAUAUCAUCAUCUGCGGCUUGGGUGAAGGGCAAACGGAUCAAUAUGCAGGUGCUGUUCAGGAUGUUAUUCGUAUGCUGCGUACAACAUGGGAGCCCCUGGGUGCAGCUACUAAAGCUCGAUCCUCUAUUUCGCCAGGCUGCGUCAUACCAGCUGGUGGUACUUUUGAGCUUCUCUUAUGGCGCGCCCUCCUACAACAUGGCCACUCUCAUGCCAUUUCUAAAGAUAUACCUGUCGUUUGCCAGCUCCUGGCAGACGCGAUACUGCAUCUUCCCCGACAUAUUCACUCCGGCAAUGCAAGGCGUUUCUUACAGAUUCAAUCGAAAGUCUGGAGCUUUCCAGACAGAAAUCCUUUCCAACCUGAUGGAUUGUUAUGCGAGCCAGGGUUUAGCCAAGGACAUUGUGAUAAUAAAAGCUUUCAAGGAGACUUUGAACCAAGUAUGUAUUGUUCAUUAGUCAACAAUAUGAAAACGCUAUCAGCACUUGAGUCUGUUUCCUGUAAAUACCAUCUCAUUUUGGCUGUGCUGCAAUGUGUCAAAAACCUCCUCAGAUUCGAUAAUGUGUUUCACACACCCACCGAAUUGCACCCAAAAUCACUCAAACUCACUUAUUCCUCCGAGGAUGAAGACUGAGGUUUUUGACCUUCAGCUAAAAAACAGCUGAAAGCUAAAAGCAUGUCUGUUUGUCUUCUAUAAAUGAUACUUUUAAUAAUUUGCAUUUUUCAUGGAAAGCAAUACUCUUUGAAUAUAUUUCUGGAACACUUUUACCAGGUAUCUACUAAGGCCUUAACCCAUUCAUUGUGUAUGUGCUGCCAUGGCGCAUUGACAAAACGUCAUGUCGCGCCACCUCGGGGCGGAGUUUUGCCGCUACAGCAGUGCUGCCCAGAUUGAAAAAUUUUCAAGUCGAGCGCAGCACUGCCAUGACGUCAGAGGGUGCGUCCAAUAGGAAACAUUGUGGUAAUUUCAGAUUGGAAAGAGCAAGAUAUUUUAAUGGUGGUGUAGGCUUCAGUGAAAAUCAUGGAGAAACCUAAAGAAGCCUGUUGUACAUCUCAAAGCGGUCUCCAAAUAGCUGUAGCUGAUGGAGGAGCUUGAACUCCCAGGCACGGGGAGAACAUGCAAACUCCACACAGGCAUGGCCAGAGAUUGAACCCCAGUCCUCAGAACUCUGCGGCAGACGCUCUAACCAGUCGUCCACCGUGCCGCCAGUAUCGGAACAGACAUUAUUAAAUUAACUUAAAGUGAAUGAUAUUUCAUAUUUGGCAUAACUCUUACUUGCAAUAACUGCAUCAAGCCUGCGACCCAUUGGCUUCCCCAGACUGUUGCAUUCUUUAUUUGAAAUGCUUUUCCAGGCCUUUACUGCAGCCUCUUUCAGUUCUUAUUUGUUCCUGGGGGUUUGUCCCUCCAGUUUCCUCUUCAGGAGUUAAAAUGCAUGCUCUAUUGGGUUAAGGUCCGUUGACUGACUUGGUCAGUCUAAGACCUUCUGCUUUUUCCCCUGAUGAAGUCCUUUGUUGUGUUGGCAGUGUUUUGGGUCAUUGUCUUGUUGCAUGAUGAAGCUUCUCCCGAUUAGUUUGGAUGCAUUUUUAUGUAAAUUGACAGACAAAAUGGUUUUGUAGACUUCAGAAUUCAUUCUACUGCUACCAUCAUGAGUUAAAUAAUCAAUAAAGACUAGUGAGCCCGUUCCAGAAGCAGCCAUGCAAGCCAAGCCAUGACAUUACCUCCACCAUGCUUCACAGAUGAGCGUGUGUGUUUUGGAUCAUAAACAGAUCCUUUCUUUCGCCCACACUUUGGCCUUUGCAUCACUUUGGUAGAGGUUAAUCUUGGUCUCAUCAAUCCAUAAAACCUUUUUCCAAAACUUUUGUGGCUCAUCUCUGUACUUCUUUGCAAAAUCCAAUCUGGCCUUCCAAUUCUUUUUGCUGAUGAGUGGUUUGCAUCUUGUGGUAUGGCCUGCUUAUUUCUUGUCUCAAAGUCUUCUUCGAACAGUGGAUUGUGAUACCUGAGUCCUGAGUUGUUUAACACAUCUAGAUG